GGAGGUGAGAGAGGAACAUCACUACACUCACUGCUGCUGUGCAACCACUUUAACCUUCUGUUCUUCUGCUGCAAUAUCACAAAGGCACCUGCUUUUUCAUCUUUUACAAGAGAAAACUCAUUUUUCUACGCCUUUUAAGACGUCUGGGUAAUGCUGCUGUGGAAAUGCUGAAGUCCAGAUGAGUGGCGUCUCUGUGGUUUAGUUGAGUGUGUGGGCAGAAGAGAUUGUCUUCCGAUCUGGACCGAACUGAAUCCAUUAAACACGAUCACAGAGAGAGAGAGAGAGAGGAUGACAUGGGAGGAUAAAGUCACAACGUCUCUUUGACUUGUUUUAAUUACUAGAAAAAAAUUGCGAGAGAAAAAAAAUCUGGACUCAUUAAUUCGACGUUUAAAGUCAUAUUAACCUUAUGAAUACAAUCAAACGCGUUAUUUUAAGUUGAGAAAAAAACGUAAACAAUGGGAAACUAGCGUCGCGUGACAACUUUGAUAAUAUUUCACAUUCGCCAAAAGGAUUUUUUUUUCUUGUUUCAGAAACAUUAACUUUGGAUUUCCACAAUGGCAAUAAACACAGAUUCGGAGUUUGUGAAAUCGAAUCUGGGGGAGAGCGGCGGAACGCAACCAGCCGAGACCGAGAAACUCCUCGUGACCACCGAGCCCACCGGGGUGAAGACCUCCAGCUCCUUCGCGGUCAGUGUCGGGGGAGACCAGGCUCCCGACGGGGAUCAGAACGGCCACAGUCUGUCGCUGAGAUCCGGAUCAGUGGGGCAGCUCGGGACGGCUCCUCUCUCCUCGUCCAGAGUUAACCUGAGCCGCACUUCAUCGACCGUUAAUGCCGCCCAAGAGAAACCCAAAGACUACCUCAUACUGGUCAUUUUAUCCUGCUUUUGUCCAGUGUGGCCACUAAGCAUCGUUGCAUUGGUCUAUUCAAUUAUGUCCAGAAACAGUCUACAGCAGGGAGACAUGGACGGGGCAAGACGCUUGGGACGCUUGGCUCGCCUGCUUAGCUGUGUGGCCAUCAUCGUGGGCCUCCUUAGCAUCAUAAUCUAUGUGGUCGUUGCAGUAACUGGAUAGGAGGCAUAGUAAGAACGAGAAACCCAUCGACAGCACUACUGCAAACAAAAUAAAACCCCACCUAUGAUGUAAUUAAAGAUAAAAUCUCCCUCUUAACAAUAAUGCCACAUAAGAUAAAACGAAACAAGGACUGUAGCAGCAAAAUAAGAUCUGAUUAAGUAGCAAAAAUGCAUGGAGUAGGUUAGCAUGCUCAGUGAAAAAACUCCCAUAUGUUAAAAAGAACAGUAAUGCCUUGCAUUAUGUAAAUGAGAAACAUUGCUGUUAUGGAAAGAACUCGUCUGAGGAUGACACAAAGGACAAGGGGCCUUUUUUUUUUCUUUUUCUCAAAGAUCGUCUUUGAAAACAUGGCUAUGCCCGUCAAGCUGCAUUUUAAACUUAUAUUAUUCCUGGUUGAUCUUGCAUUUGAAAAUUAUGCACAGAGAUAUUUGCAACAUAACAACUGAUGUAAGUUUUAUAAAAAUAUUUAUAUGUGGAGCUUAAGUGAUGGGAAUGAACUAGGGAUGACAAGUCUGUUAGAGAUUUCAUUUUCGUUUUUAUUUAUUUUGUAUAUUUUGAUUAUAAAAAAACAAAAAACAAAAUGACCACAUGCAUGCCUGAUCCUGUAUGUGAAUAACUGUCAGCAUUUUUCUUAUUAUUAUUUUUUUAUAUGUAAGAGUAGUGGGUAUUUAAAGAUGGGAAUGUACAUCCUUGUCCAGUGUAUCAAAUGCUAUAUUAUUUCAAUGGCACAAAGUUCAAGGAGAGCUCUGCGUUUAACCACGAGGCUCCACUACACAUCCCAUACUAGCAUAGAUUCUCUAAGAGGGGUAAGACUGAAAUGUUACGCAUGCCAGCCCUCUCUUUCCUGACAAAAAACUGCUGGAGCAUGGACAUUCAUCAAGAGGCAUGCAACGGCAAGCACCAUUCUGUGCCAAGACCUUUAUAACAGUACGCUAAAUAAAUCAGAGGACUAUUCAUCUUUACCCUGGGGUUCUUUCCAGGACAGAAUGCCAGUUUCCUUGUCAUAAAUCUCCCGACUAAUCCCUUAUUAAUAUGAGAUAUAUAUCAACAUAUUUAUAGAAAUAUUUAGGCAUGCCGUGGGUGGACAAAACAUUUUUUGAUCUUCACCUAGAAUGAGCUUGUGUGUAAGGGACUUUGCUUUGACACGUCUCACAGUGUUUAUUGCAUCUCUGUGAUUGCUAAUUCUUCAAUCUGUUGAUAUCAAUUUGAGAAAAAAUUACACAAUCAGCGGUACAGAUACAUAACAGCACUUCUCUGGCUAGUUACACCGAGUGAGGAUUAAAAAGGAAAUGUAUAUUUUCAUGCUUCAUUCAUACUGAAUUAAGUAUUUUACUGCCCUGUUAUAGAUUUCAAUGCACUUUAUCACUUACUUUUCAACAAUAUUCUCAUGUCCUGUCAGUACUUUUGUAUGCUAAAGUAUACUUUCAUGUAUAAUCUCCUAAAAAUAACUGUUUAGUACCUAAACACCUACGAUGAAGGUUUAAUUUAUAGGCAAUAGUGUACCGUUUUGUGCUUCUCAUAACCCUUUUGUUCACUAUAAGCGAUUAUGUUACUGUGUUGUUCAUAAAACCCAUGAAUGAGAUGCAAAAUUGCUGCUGUGUGUCUUAAAACUGUGAUUUAUUAUGUACAACUUUACAUUCUUGGUUCACUUGUAUAUCUGUUUUCUAUGUUAGGUUACUGUGUACCUUUGCAAGUGUGAAAUAAAGAUUAACAUGCAUGGUCCACAA